AUGACUGGAUUCGACGAUCGUGACUUCGCAACCGACCCUGCUCCAGCACAGGCUGCUGAGACUGGCGAUUUGACCAAGACCAAGACAAACGAGAGCGAAGGUGGUGUCGGCGGCCUUGGCCGCGGUCUCAGCGCAGCAGAGGGUAGAUCCAGCUAUGGCGCAGUCGAGGUCCCAGCAUCGCGUCCUAGCGUAGCUGAUGCAUCCCCAUAUAUGCAUCAACUCUCUCUUUCACCUUCACAGCGUGACCGACGCGGCUCGAGGAACUCCUUCGGCGCAGCACUCCCCAUUCCACGAUCGAAGCGCCAGUCGCGCCUUUCUUCCGUCCACCACGCAGAUGGCUGA